GGAUGUGUAUUUAACUUCGCGCAGCUUACUGGUGACCUCACUGUCAGAUUACAGACUUCGCUGACUUUCUGUUAAUUCAGAUGAAAUGUAACUUUUUUUUGUUUGUUUUUUGUUCCUAUUUCUCGGUCUGGUCCCGGGAACCAGCAGUCCUCCAUCGGAGCCGCUGACUGACGCACUGCGCUCCCAGCAGGGAUGUGUGCGUGGAGGCGGCUGCACGGAAGCGUGCGGACCCUCCGUGGAUCUCUCCUCCGUGGGUGUCUCAGCUCCACAGCGGCGACACGGCGGCAGCCAGGCCGGUGUGGAGGUCUGACUCUCUGCCAGAGGCUGAGCACAGGUGGAGCCUUACGGAACGACUUCUUCAAAGAUCUGGAAGACCAGCUGGCGGCGAUGAGGAAGAAGGCGGCGGACGCUCUGCCGGGUAGCAGCUGGAUGCCCUUCGAGAUCAACCCCAACCUCCCUCCUGAGACGGCGGACAUCGUGAUCGUCGGAGGCGGCGUGGUGGGCUGGUCCAUCGCCUACUGGCUGAAGCAGAAGGAGAGGCUCCCCAGAGGGAUGCGGGUCCUUGUUGUGGAGAGGGACCCAUCGUAUUCCCGGGCCUCGACGGUGCUGUCCGUCGGCGGGAUCCGCCAGCAGUUCUCCUUACCCGAGAACAUCUACCUCUCCUUGGCCUCUGCGGACUUCAUGAGGAACAUCAACGAGCAUCUCAGCGUCAUGAAUGAAGACCCCGUGGAUCUGCAGUUCAACCAUUCGGGGUACCUCUUCUUAGCCAGCGAGGAGGUGGCUCACAUCAUGGAGGAGAACUACAACACACAAAGGUUGGCUGGAGCCAAAGUCUCCCUCCUAUCUCCACAACGAGUGAAGGAGAACUUUCCAUGGAUAAACACAGAGGGGGUAGCGCUCGCUUCAUACGGGCUGGAGAACGAGGGCUGGUUCGAUCCUUGGAGUCUCCUGAACGCCUUCAGGAGGAAGGCCAUCUCUCUGGGGGCCAUUCAGUGCUUCGGGGAAGUCACAGAUUUUAAGUAUACGACACAUAUAAGGACAACAGCCGAUGAGGAACAACUGGAAACGAGGAGAAUAAAAUCUGUCAAAGUGCAGAUGCCGAACAGCAUGGAGUACCAGCCGGUGGAGUGUGCCAUUGUGGUGAACGCAGCCGGAGCCUAUUCUGGCAAACUGGCAGAGAUGUUGGGAAUCGGCCGAGGCCCCCAAGACUCCAUCUAUGGAUUGCCCGUCCCUGUAGAGCCUCGGAAGAGAUACGUGUAUGUGGUUCACUGUCCUGAUGGUCCAGGUCUGGAUUGUCCUCUCUUAAUUGACUAUUCCGGUGUGUAUUUCCGGAGAGAGGGCUUAGGAGGAAACUACAUCUCUGGAAUAUCGCCCGAGGAGGCCGAGGAGCCAGACACCAGCAACCUUGAGGUGGACCAUCAGUUUUUUGAGGACAAGGUUUGGCCCAAAUUGGCCCAUAGAGUACCAGCUUUUGAGAAGCUUAAGGUGACCAGCGCCUGGGCGGGUUUCUACGACUACAACACGUUCGACCAGAACGGCAUCAUCGGAAUUCAUCCUCUGAUCAGCAACAUGUACUUCGCCACCGGCUUCAGCGGCCACGGCCUGCAGCACUCGCCGGCGGUGGGCCGCGCCGUGGCCGAGCUCAUCCUGGACGGAGGGUUUAAAACGUUGAACCUGAAAAGAAUGAGUUUCAGCCGGAUCUUCGCACAGGAGCCCAUGUUGGAGCAGAACAUCGUGUAACGGGGCUCUGCUGCAAGUGCCAAAGUUCAUCAAGUCUUAUUUUUUUAUUUUUAUUCAGUAUGCCUUAAAAAGGAUGCUGUCGCUUCAGAAAUGUAGUUCUGAACCUGGGAACAUGGUUGUCGAAAUCAGGAAUUAUCAGAUCCUCAAAACAAAAAGUCCAGGGUCCACUUCUGUUUCCACUUUAUUUAUUUUUUCCAGAGUGGAUGGAUCAACGGGUGACGCAUCAAAAAAUAUUUCAGGCAUGUGCAAAAGUCCCAGUUGUAGCUCCGAUUAAUGAAAGUCAGAGCUUCAGUGUGAAACGUUACCGUCUGGUGCAAAAACAGAGCAACUAUUGUUGUUAUUUUAGAAAACUUCUGUCAAAACGCAACUUUUUUUCUGGCUGAAGCUGUUGCGACUCUGAAGUUCAGUUUUAUACGACGGUUAUUGUUCCUGUGACAAUGCCAAUCAGUAGAAAAUAAACAAUUCUGCAGCUUACUUUGAAGUUUUCGACCCGUAUGCACCGAGGAAAAGCGUUAUAUUCUGUCUUAAUUUGGUUUUCUUUAACCAGGGACUCCCAGCAGACAUGCAGCAGCUUUUCUUUCAUUCAGUCCUGAUCAAAAUGACACCAGGGAUUUAAAAUAGACAGAAAAAGUACAUGUUAAUAUGAAACAAUGAAGGGGGAAAAAAAGUAAUCUUUUAGCGAAAUGACCUGCAAAGAUUUUCUCCUUAAACCUAGUCUCCCCACCGAGCCUUUUACUCUGGCUGUCUGCUGUGUUUGCUCUUUGAGGCACUAAUUUGGGCUGUUUUGUUUGCUGAAUCUGGGAGGAUUCUCCUCCUGCAGGGGUUCAACAGCAGAGUCCCAAAUGUGACAUAAAAGAGUGAAAUCAGGCCAAUACAACACUAAUAUCAGAAGGUUUUAUAACGGUUAAGGUUUAAGAGAUUUAAAAAGUUACUCCAGAUGUUCUGGAAAUGUGACACAGAUGAUAGUUACCGA